UCAAAGCAAUUUUAGAGAAGAAAGGAAUGGCUUAUUAUGACAGUGCUUCAGGAUUCAAGCCAACUGAGAAACCAUCUGGAAAGACGACAUUUGCGAGUAUCAAGGAAAAACUCAGAGUCAAUCAAAUUAAAAAGCCAAUGCCAGAGGAAUCUUUGCAGACAGAUUCUCCAGAGAGCUCUGAGAUAAUGCCUCGGGCCAAUAAACCCUAUAACAGCACACAGCAUAACUAUAAAAAAAGCAUUGAGUAUGACGAUCCUCCUGCCACCGUCGGGACUGAGUAUGAGGGGAGCUAUCAUGAGCGUGAACAGCCUAGCACUAGUGCUACUAAUGCUGUUGUAGUUAGUGAUGUGCAGAAUAGUAUGGAUAGCAACCAGAAGCAGAAUAACAUAGAAACUACCAUUAGUAAUUCAGAUUCUUCUGGGAAAUGGAUUGGGUCUGAACAGAAUAUAGUCGUUGAGAACUAUCAGUUCCCUUUGGAGGAAACGGCCAAGAGAGAUCACCCAGAAAUUAUUAAGGAGCCGGAAUAUAAUCGCAAGCCUGUAGUUUUAGUCAUUGACGAUACAAAUAAAACAAGCAAAGAGAGUAACCAUGUACAAAAUAACAGUUGCCGUGUACUGCCUCCCGUUGGGGAAGAUCUGACAAUGGGGCGAAGGAGCACCCGUCCUUCAAGGAAACUGUUGCCAAGUUCUGAAAACAAACUCUCUGCUGGCAUCGAAGAUGUGCAAUGGAGGGUGGAUGAGUCUCGAAAUUUUGAUACCACUAUAAAACGUUCAUCGGAAUCGGUCAACAAACUGCCAAUAAACGAGGAGUACCACUGGAUCAAUACAAUCGACGAUUCAAUCCGUACGAUUUUGAACAAUCAUCGUAGACGUAGUCAUGAUUUCCGUCAAAGUGGUUUGAUGCCGCCUGAUGUUAAUAGACGAGCAAGUGAUGGCGGUGAGAUAUACAACAACUGUCGAGUGUGUGAAGACUGUAACCAGACGAAAGCGAGGAACAAUGACUACCAAGAAGCUUGCUACAAUGGUAGCCGAAAAUUUCCUGUGUGUGCCGAGCCAGAAAGUUAUCCGAAACCGAGUAUUGUAUUAGAUUACCACUUUAACGAAAGCAUCGACAAUGAUAGUAUUAGCGUACAUUUUGAGAAAGACUCAUGGCCAGAGAUGGAGGAUGAAGAAGACGAGGACGAAACUUUUCAUCCAGCUUGUAUUUUAGGAGGCUAUUACUGUCAGGCCGAUUUCAAUGACAAUGGGGACGAGACAAGCACCGAUGAGAAUGAUUGGCCAAGUCUACAGAACUGCUCAGAUCAAAACCGCAAUGACAAAAACAGCUUAUGUAAUGAAAUCCGGUCAAGAGCUCCCUGUAUAGAUACUCGACCCUACAGAUCAAGAUUUGGACGUAAAGACUUGUAUAAAUUAAAGAAUCACCAUUCUCACGAAGACAAAACUAGUUAUAAUAGGUGUAACCUUGUGGAAUCUAAACAAAGCCAAGAAUUUGGAAAUAUUCACGCAGCAUCUAAGGAUUAUGAUUCUUGUUUAGGACUACUGAAGAAGGGCAACCCAAAGAAGACCAACUCUCCUGUCUCAUUGAAGCAGCCAAACAAAAGAGAAAGGAAAGUGGACCACUCCCCGUCCCUAGAUUUGCUGAUGAAAUAGAUGACGAAGGUGAGAAGGAAUUAGACGAAUUCUUUGAAGAGAACACCAAAACAGAAUUAGCAAAGAAAUGUGAGACCCAAGUGACUGCAAGGAUCCUGUCGAUGAUGUUCAGUCACAUGACAAUGUAUGAGUCCGAUGAGGAAUCAGAUUU